GCGUGUGUCCUGUGCGCCGAUUGGUCCCGAGUGAGCGCCGCUGCUGAGCCCGCGCAAGACGCGCGCCGAGGCCUGCGCUUGCAGCCGGCGGUUCUGCGGCUGGCACUGGCGGCAGAAGCGGCGGCAUGGAUCUCAGCGACCUGGAGAGAAACAAUACGGGCCGCUGUCGCCUGAGUUCACCUGUGCCCGCGGUGUGCCGCAAGGAGCCUUGCGUCCUGGGCGUGGAUGAGGCGGGCCGGGGCCCUGUGCUGGGCCCCAUGGUCUACGCCAUCUGUUAUUGCCCCUUGUCCCGCCUGGCAGAUCUGGAGGCCCUGAAAGUGGCAGACUCGAAGACCCUGUCGGAGAGCGAGCGGGACCGGCUCUUUGCGAAAAUGAAGGAGGACAGGGACUUUGUGGGCUGGGCGCUGGACGUGCUGUCUCCAAACCUCAUCUCCACCAGCAUGCUUGGGCGGGUCAAAUACAAUCUGAACUCCCUGUCCCAUGAUACGGCCGCUGGGCUGGUGCAGUAUGCCUUGGACCGGAGUGUGAAAGUCACCCAGGUAUUUGUGGACACUGUGGGGCUACCAGAGAAGUACCAGGAGCGGCUACAGCAGCGCUUUCCUGGAAUUGAGGUGACAGUCAAGGCCAAGGCAGAUGCCUUGUACCCCGUGGUCAGUGCUGCCAGCAUCUGCGCCAAGGUGGCCCGAGACCAGGCAGUGAGGAGCUGGCAGUUCGUGGAGAAACUGCAGGACGUGGAUGCUGAUUAUGGUUCGGGCUACCCCAAUGCUCAGGGGCCAUUGCCUACCACAUACCCCAGAUCCCAAGACAAAAGCGUGGUUGAAGAAGCAUGUGGAGCCCAUCUUUGGCUUCCCCCAGUUUGUCCGGUUCAGUUGGCGCACAGCCCAGAGCAUCCUGGAGGAGGAGGCGGAAGGUGUUACAUGGGUCAGUAUUGUCCCCUCUCUCCCACAGGGAGGACUCCUUGGCAGAGGAUCAGGAGGGACUCAGGAGGAUCACGUCCUACUUCCUCAGUGAAGGCCCCCGUCCCCGCCUCCCCCACCGAUACUUCCAGGAGCGUGGCCUGGAGUCAGCCACCACCCUCUAAAAGCCAGGCAGUCCCCCCUUUAUCUGCCGCUUCUCUCCCCAGCUUGUGAUUAAAACAGUUAACGAAAGCCAAGAGUAGGCUUGUACUUUGAGGUAGAGGCAGGGUGGUGGGCGUGUUCUGUGGCUGGACCUAGCUACUGCCUUUGGGAAGCUAAAUGGGGUAGACAUUGGGUGACUGAUUUUAUUUUACUUUUAAAAUACUGCGACAUAUUUGUAUGAUUCAAAAUUAGAAAGGAGCACAUUGAGAAGGUGCACAGCCAACCUGCCCCCAGCUCACUGUGGGCUCGCAGGUGCCCGUGGGUCCUGCAGAGACAGUGGGGCAUGAUACAAACACAUACAGGUGCACUCUCUUCCUGAAAAAAAAAUUUUUUUUUUACGCAAAUGGAAGCAAACUAUACCCUGAAUUGUGCACAUUACUCUUUUCUCCAAAUAUGACUUGCCAAUAAUUUCAAAUGGUUGUCCAGAGACCUUCCUCAUCCCUUUACACCACAGAGUCCUCUUAGAAAUGCAAAGUCCUGGGCGCCACGCUAAACCUGCCAGAAGUCUAUUUCCAGGGUCUUUUAUUUAAAAUGAGGUUGACAACAACCCUGUCUCGUAAGGACUUCCAAAGGACUGCAAACCCACAUCCCUGUGGAUAUGCCUCUCAAGCCCUCUGGAACUCAUUACCUCCUGCUUGUUCUCUGGACCCUGCCUAGCACCCUGGCACGCUGGUGCCACUUAUCUCCAGGCACUGUUCCCCCCACUCUGUCUCCAAGUGGUGGCCUGAUGGGCCCUCCCCUGCUUAAGGCUUCCAUGGUUCUCACCCCUUAUCAGGUUGCAGUGCCUUUGCUUGGUAUUCAAGGCCUUCCAAGAUCUUAUCUCACUUCCCACGCUCUGCUCCAAGUGCGCUGACCAACUCAGAGUCUGUUGUUAAGUGCUGUCAAAUCCAUUCCAACUCAUACUGACCUUAUGUACAACAGAACAAAACACUGCCCAGUUCUGCGCCAUCCUCAUGAUGGUUGCUAUACUUGAGCUCAUUGUUGUAGCCACUGUGUCAGUCCAUCUCAUUGAGGGUCGUCUUCUUUUUCACUGACCCUCUAUUUUACCAGGCAUGAUGGCCUUCUCCAGGGACUGAUCCAUCCUGAUAACAUAUCCAAAGUAUGUGAGACAAAGUCUCACCAUUCUUGAUUCUAAGGAGCAUUCUGGCUGUACUUUUUCCAAGGCAGAUUUGUUCCUUCUUUUAGCAGUCUAUGGUAUAUUCAAUAUUCUUUGCCAACACCAUAAUUCAAAUAUAUCAAUUCUUCUUCAGUCUUCCUUAUUAACUGUCCAGCUUUUGCAUGCCUGCGAGGCAAUUGAAAACACAGUGGCUUCGGCCAGGCACACCUUAGUCCUUAAAGUGACAUCUUUGCUUUCUAGCCUCCGGGCCUUUGCAGGCAGACUCUCCUUGGAAUACCCUUCCCCACAGCUUGACCUGCCUAGAAAUCCUUAUCCUUUUGUCACAAUAACAUAGUAACAACACCAAAGAUAAGUGAUGGCUACAUUUGUUGAGUGUUAAUUAUGUGCCAGGCACAGCCUAAGCAUUUUCUAAGCGUUUUAUUUGACAUUCUUCCAUUAGGUGAGUCUCGUCCCUUUCCCUUGAGUAUGAGCUGGCAUUAGUGGCUCGCUUUAGUGAAUAGAGAACAACAGAAGUGACAUUGUGUGACUUCCAAGGCUAGGCCAUCACAGGUGAGCCAAUUUCCACCUGAGAAGUGUUCCUUGGGGCACUUACCCUAGGAACUCAGCUGCCAUGCUGUUGGGAAGCCCAGGCCACGUGGAGAAACCAUGAGUAACUAUCCUGGCCGACACCCGUAGCUGAGAUUCCAGGCAACAGCCAGCAUUAACUGUCAGAUAGGGGAGUGAGGGAGUCUUUGAGGUGACACCAGCCCUAGCCACUGUCUAUAAUUGCACGAGAGACUGCAAGCAGGAACCACGGAGGUGAGCCCAAUAAAAACACUCAGAGCCACAAAAGAUAAUGAUUAUUGUUCUGCGUCACCAAGUUCGGAGUCGUUACACAGCAAUGGAUAGCCAGAACAACUUGCAUUGACUUGCUUGAUCCUCCUAACAACCUUUGUCGAAGAACUGAGGCUCAGAAAGGCUGUAACAACAUGCCUGAAGUUAUAGCGUGAGUAAGUGGUAGAACUGGGUCGUGAACCCAGGUAAAUGUACAGUACUUCAGAGCCAGGAUAGUAGCCACCAUUUUCUGUAGUCCACAUAUCUUGAUCCCCUGCCCAGCACCCCCCCUUUUGGUUCCAGCACCUGGUCUUUGGGGGACCACCCUCCCUCACUCUCAGCCCACAUGGUUCAGAUGGAACUGAGCCCACCAUGGGCCUUCAGGUAUGACCCUAUAACCCAGAUCAAGCCAAUGAGAGCACAGCAGCCUUCUGGUGAUAGUGACUGGUUUGGUGAUGAGCUCAUGACCAAACUGGAGGAAUGCUAGCUUUACAGAGAACUAGGCACACUUUCCCACCUGUCAGUUUGUUGUAGGUGGUGGCUUGUGUGUUGCUAUGAUACUGGAAGCUAUGCCACUUAUUUCACAUACCAACAGGGUCACCCAUGGUGGACUGGUUUCAGUGGAGCUUCCAGACUAAAACAAACUGGAAAGAAAGGCUUGGCCAUCUACUUCUGAAAAUUAGCCAGUGAAAACCCAUGGAUUAUGACAGAAUAUUACUGUCCAACACAGUGCUGCAAGACGAGUCCCCUAGGCUGGAAACCAAAAAAAAAAAAAAAACAAACCCAAUGCCGUCAAGUCGAUUCCGACUCAUAGUGACCUUAUAGGACAGAGUAGAACUGCCCCCACAGAGUUUCCAAGGAGCACCUGGUGGAUUUGAACUGCUGACCCUUUGGUUAGCAGCCGUAGCACUUAACCACUACACCACCAGGGUUUCCACUAGGUUGGAAGGCACUCAGAAUACACAAUGGCAGCAACAAUGGACUUGAGCAUACCAAUGAUUGUGAAGAUGGCGCAGGACUGGGCAACAUUUCUGUUGUACACGGGGUUGCCAUGAGUCCAGCCGGCUGGGUGGCAACAACAGGCACACUUUAGCCACUGGAAACAUGGAGUUACUAGUCCAUUUUUGCAACUAUUAGGAGAUCCUGUCCCAGAGUAUAACCAAGAGAAAGAAAAUAACAUCCUAACAUUUAAGCGCUUAGAUACAGCCAUUCCUGAAGCCAUACUGAGGGAUUUUUUUGGUCACUGUUUUGGAUCAUGGCACUUCGAGGUGAGUUUGUUACUUGCAGCUAAGAGAAGCCUGUCUGCUAUGCUUCCAGUGGGCACCUCUCUGCUUCUAUGGGAAUGGGGACAUUGCCCAUCUUACAGGUAAGGAAACAGCCUCCCCAUGGGCCUGAGGAUAAGGGGGAGCAUUAGGGGCAGUGUUUGAAACCCAAAUUCUAAAUCGGAGUCCAGCCCUUUGCCUUAGGUCUAGGAGUUGGAUAUGGAGCGGGGGAGGAAAAGGGCCUUAGGCCAGAUGGCACCAGGCGUCGCUAAUCAGAGGGAAAAGCCAUGAAGAUGUCUUGAGGUCUAUGCAAGUCAGCGAGCUUCAUGGUGGGCCCUCUUUUGACUCCGCCCACCUCCAUUUCUGACACAUGGGUAUUCCCAGAUAUGGCAAAUGCUUAGGGUGUAGGACAACCAUCAUUUACACUUGAGUGUGAAUCAGUUCUAAUCCUAGAACAUGAGGAUUAGGAAUGAGGCACCUAUCAAUUUCUGGCAGCCCUCCUUCCCACCUAUUUCCCCAAGAAGCAGCCAUAUCAGGUGUUCUAACUAGGGACUUUAUUCAGGAGGAUAAAAAAAAAAAACAAACAUUUUUUUUUUUUUACUAACGUUGUGUGGAUUCCAACUCCUAGCGACCCUAUAGACAGAGUAGAACUGCCCCCAUAGAGUUUCCAAGGAGCGCCUGGUGAAUUUGAACUGCUGACCUUUUGGUUGGCAGCCAUAGCACUUAACCACUAUGCCACCAGGGUUUCCUAUUCAGGAGGGAGAGGGGAAAAUGGGCGAGAGUUGCGUGGUUUCUUGGAUAACCUGGAGUGGGGGAAGUCUCUGGGCCUAAGGGAGGAUGGACAGGACUGGGGAAUGUGGAAGGCAGGAG